AAUUCACCACUUAUAUAUAUAUAUAUAUAUUGAUAGAUCGAAAAAGCAUUAGAAGACCCUUCGCUCAAGAGCUAAUUCGCCACUUAGCAACCCAUCAUAUAUCAAAAAAAUAAUAAGAGAGCAAAUUAAAUAUUUUGCAUUACCCUAAAAAAUGGUGGUUUGUAGUUCUAGUACAAAAAACCCUAAAGAUGAAGAAAGUUCUCUUGUUUAUGGGCAUAGAUUAUCCUCAGUUGGUUCGGCGACGGUAACGGGAGAUUUAGUUUAUGAGCCUAAUAACAUGGAUUUAGCAAUGAAACUUCAUUAUCUAAGGGUAGUUUACUUUCUUGAUAGUGAAGCAAUUGAAGGAUUAAUCCCUGUAAAAUUGAAGGAGGGGAUAUUUGCAUGGCUUUGUUAUUAUUAUGAAACUUGUGGAAGAUUUAGGAGAUCAGAAAAUGGUGGUAAACCUUAUAUUAAGUGUAAUGAUUGUGGGGUGAGAUUUGUGGAAGCUAAAAGCUCUAAAACCUUGGAAGAAUGGCUUCAAAUUAAGGAUACUUUUUCUCAAAGACUUCUUGUUGCUGAUAAUGUUAUUGGUCCUGAGCUCACUUUCUCACCACUUGUUUUCCUACAGGUGACCUUGUUAAAGUGUGGAGGAAUAUCUUUGGGCGUAAGUUGGGCCCAUGUGCUAGGAGACGCAUUUUCAGUAUCGAACUUCAUGAACACAUUAUCACAAUUUUUGAGAGGUAUGAAGCCCACUUAUCCACCUAACUUUAACAAAUCACCUCCUCAAAAUCAGAAGCCCAUAAAGCCCAUGACAUCAGAGUCACUAUCACUAAAACAGGUAAGCCCAGUUGGAGACAAAUGGAUCAUGCCAUUACCCUGUGAAAUGGACACAUUCUCCUUUCAGGUGAAGCCCACACAAUUGGCCCACUUGCAAGUGAAUCUAUUUGAAAAUGAUUCUACUUUAAGCCCAAUUCAACCAUUUGAGCUUCUCAGUGCCAUAAUUUGGCAGGCCAUAGCAAGAAUAAAAAAUGGGCCAGAACUUAAUACAGUCACCAUCAUGAAGAAAAGUGCCACAAGCCCAAUAACAGAUGAGAUGCAUCUAAGGAACAACCUAUUUGUGGGCUCAGUCAAGGCUGAUUUUUCAGUAAUGAAGGCCCAUUUAGAAGUGAUUGCAACCCUUAUUCAUGAUAUGGCUAAGGAUGAGAGGGCCCAAAUUGAGGAGAUAGUGGGCCGAGAUCCCGAAAGGUCCGAUUUUAUUAUAUACGGGUCGAAUUUGACAUUUGUGAACUUGGAAGAUGCAGGCUUUUAUGGGUUUGAGUUGAAGGGGUUAAGCCCAAGAUUUGUAAAUUGUUUUGUAGAUGGUAUUGGAGGGGAAGGUGUUGUUUUGGUUCUACCAAGCCCAAAAGAUAACAAUAAUGACAAAAACAAUGGGACACUAAAGUGUGAAGAAGGAAGAGUUGUCACACUUAUAUUGCCAAAUUAUUAUAUGGUGAAGCUCAAAGAGGAAUUGAAGGAAUGUGGUCUUAGUGCUUGAACAACACAAGUUUGAUGCUUAAUGAGGUUAUGUUUUAGGUGUUCUUAUUUGAAGAUAUAUUGUGGACACUAUAAUAGUAUAAAUAUUAGUAUGUUUAUGUCAAUUAUAGUUUUAAAAAUAAUAAUAACAAAAAGUUUAUGUCGACUAGUAAACCUAAGAAGUGAUAAUUACACGUUAUAUGCAAGUUUAUUUUUGUGUGCAUUGA